AUGAGAUUUUGCGUUGGUUUGCAGUUCGCUUCCAGUGCUGCAUUAAAAUCAGGCGUAUUUGGCGUAUCCAGUGCUGCAGUAAUCGGAUCAGUGGAAGAAGAAACAGCAGCAGCAACAAGGAUGUCCUCGCUUCUGCCCAUCAAAUUUCAGGAGCACAUCCUGCUGCAAAGUCUUGGCAUCAAUGCAGCUCACAUUGGCUUCGCAACACUGACAAUGGAAUCGGACAAGUUCAUCGUUGUAAGGGAGAAGGUGGGCGAGAAUAUGCAGGUUGUGAUUAUCGAUAUGGGCGAAGUGAACAACCCGGUACGCCGGCCAAUCACCGCCGAUUCGGUGAUCAUGAAUCCGGCAACCAGAGUCCUCGCACUGAAAUCCUCACGAACACUGCAAAUCUUCAAUAUGGAUGUGAAGGCGAAGGUGAAGUCGUACAAUAUGCCGGAGGAUGUGAUCUUUUGGAAAUGGAUCAAUGUCAAUACCAUUGCAAUGAGACAUUCAACGCUGAACGGCUUCCAGAUUAUCAACUAUCGGGCGGACGCCGAAUGCAAAUGGCUUCUUCUCAUCGGAAUCGCUGCCAAGGAUAAUCGUGUAGUUGGUGCCAUGCAGUUGUACAGCACCGAGCGCAAGGUAUCUCAACCAAUCGAAGGACACGCAGCCUGCUUUGUGGGCUUCAAAAUUGAGGGAAAUCCUCAUCCAAGCAAUCUGUUCUGCUUCUCUGUGCGCACUGUGCAAGGCGGCAAGCUUCACAUCAUCGAAAUUGGUACUCCGCCAGCCGGCAAUCAACCGUUCCACAAAAAACAAGUGGAAGUGUACUAUCCAGCGGAAGCGGCCACCGAUUUCCCAGUUGCCAUGCAGGCUUCCUCGAAACACGGCAUCAUAUAUCUGGUGACGAAAUAUGGCUACGUUCAUUUGUACGAUAUCGAGACAGCCGUUUGCAUUUAUAUGAAUCGAAUCUCGUCGGAGACAAUCUUCGUCACUGCAGAGUAUACCGCUACCGAAGGCAUCAUUGGCGUAAAUCGGAAAGGACAGGUAUUGUCGGUAAGUAUUGAUGAACAGAAUAUGAUUCCAUAUGUAACGCAGACACUGCAAAAUCCGGAACUUGCAUUAAAAUUGGCCAUACGUUGCGAUCUUCCUGGAGCCGAAGAAUUGUUCGUCCGUAAAUUCAAUCUUCUUUUUGGCAAUGGUAACUACGCUGAGGCAGCGAAAGUUGCAGCCACGGCGCCUCAGGGGAUUUUACGCACACCACAGACAAUCCAGAAGUUCCAACAGUGCCCUCAUACUGGCGUUAGCCCCAGCCCGUUGCUUCAAUACUUUGGGAUAUUGCUGGAUCAGGGACAGCUGAACAAGUACGAGACAUUGGAAUUAUGCCGUCCUGUGCUUGCUCAGGGAAGGAAGCAGUUGCUGGAGAAGUGGCUCACCGAGGGCAAAUUGGAAUGCACUGAGGAGUUGGGCGAUCUGGUCCGACCGCAUGAUGUUAACGCCGCACUUUCUGUUUAUCUUCGUGGUAAUGUCCCUCAUAAGGUAUCCGCUGUUUGUUCAUUUUUUGGCAGCGAAAAGCUAUUUAUACCUUUUUAUAAAUGUGUAUCUCUUCCACAGGUCGUGCAAUGUUUCGCCGAGACAGGCCAGUUCGACAAAAUCAUUCUGUAUGCGAAAAAGGUGAACUUCGAACCGGAUUAUCUCUUUCAACUGCGCCAGGUGCUGCGCUCGAAACCCGAAAUGGGUGCCAAAUUUGCUCUGAUGCUUGUGACUGAAGGAGAAAAUGAACCGCUUGCUGAUAUCAAUCAGAUAGUUGCAUGCUUUGAAGAGGUGCAAGCAGUACAGCAGUGCACAUCAUUCCUGCUGGAAGUGCUCAAAGGUGACAAGGAGUCGGACGGGCACCUUCAGACAAAACUGCUUGAAAUGAAUCUGCUCUAUGCUCCACAGGUGGCGGAUGCUAUCCUUGGCAACCAGAUGUUCCAUCAUUACGAUCGUGCAACCAUCGGACAACUGUGUGAGAAAGCGGGUCUUCUGCAACGAGCUCUUGAGCAUUUCACUGAUCUCUAUGAUAUCAAGCGUACGGUUGUUCACACUCAGCACCUCAAACCGGAUGUUUGUUUUCUUUUUAUAUUUUUAUGCGUUUUUUGCAGCAAUGCAAUGCGAAAGACGCAUAUUGACGAGAGGUUGUUUGUGUGUGUCUGUGUGUCCGUGUGUGCGUCUGUCACGGUUUUUCAUCUCAAGACCUACAAAAGCUACGGGGCUGAAAUUUUGGGGACUUAG